AGAUGUUGAAGUGCCUAUAAACAGUGUAUAUUUGGAAUAUGAAAAUUAAUGACAAUCCUAUACAUCUUCUUCUUUAUGUUUAAUACAUGCUUAUUGACAUCUUUGACAAGGAAGUUAACGACGAAGGUUAUCAACGAAAUAGUAGGACAAUGGUAUUUUAUUUAAUAAUAUCUAGCGUUAUUUUAGCACAUUUGAUUCAAGCACAGAGUUCGGGUGAUGUAAGGUUGGACAAUUCAAAAAGGCUUGAAAUUUACUAUAAUGGUGUAUGGGGUACAGUUUGUGAUGAUGGGUUUGAUGACAACGAUGCAAGAGUAGUCUGUCGACAACUUGGAUUUAGCAAUGGAAUUUCAUUAGGAAAUGCAGUAGAUGACGGCAGCGGCAAGAUAUGGCUUGACGACAUGGGGUGCACGGGAAGUGAAAGUAAAUUAAAGUACUGUUCACAUGCAGGUUGGGGAACACAAAACUGUAAUCAUGGGGAAGAUGUUGGGAUUCUUUGCAGUAACAAUAAUAGUCCAGUUAAUGGUGGAUGGUCCAGAUGGGCACAAUGGACGACAUGUAGCAGCAGCUGUAACGGCGGACUUCAGACCAGAUCACGUGGAUGCAAUAAUCCUUCCCCUCAAUACGGAGGGACAUGUUGUAAUGGAGAAUCAUCACAGACAAAACAAUGCAAUGUUAUUUCUUGUCCAGUUGAUGGUAGUUGGGGUGAUUGGUCCAUGUGGAAAUCUUGUAAUGUAACCUGUGGUGGUGGAAUGCAAUUAAGAUUACGAAAGUGUGAUAGGCCUGUUCCAGCAUUUGGAGGUUUAAAUUGCCCUACAACUAACUCGGAAUUUCAACAAUGCAAUACAGCAAAAUGUGAAAAAGUGAUUGAUGGUUGUUGGUCAACAUGGACAAACUGGACGGAUUGCACAAGACUUUGUAAUGGUGGGCUAAAGGAAAGAUCACGUUAUUGUGACGAUCCGCCUCCAUUUAAUGGUGGACUGUAUUGCAAUGGCACUCCAGUUGAAGCAAAUCUGUGCAACAACUUCUCUUGUUCAGGUAUAGAAACGAAAAUGAUAUUAGCUUUAAUAGUCGGUGGAGAAGCUGUGGGAUGCAUUGUUCUUACUGUUGCUUUGGUUUUGAUCUGUAAACAUGUGUUUGCAAGCACGAAAAUACAGAAAAAAGAAGUUGCAGAUACGCGCUUUAAAGAAGAAAAGGAAGAGUUGUACAUAUACCAAGAAUCAGACCAGCCGACAAAAGCCAACACGGGCUUUAAAGAAGAAACGGAAGGGUUGUACAUAUAUCAAGAAUCAGACCAGCCAACACAAGCCUUCAAUAAUUCAGCCUACAUCAAAGACUACGAUUCUAAGAAUGUUGCUAAACCUGGGGUGGAAUUGGAUUCAUGUGACAUUUAUGAUAAUUGUGAAGAAAACUGUUAUGAAAAUUAUUAAGACUGAAAAAAAAUUUAACUAAAAACGAUUCUGUUUAAUUUACAAAUAAAAAUAUAAAGUUUGAAAUUGGUUAGUGGACACCUUUUCGUGUAUCUAUAGUUUUUAGCGUUUUGAGUUUCAUGUUACAUAUUUGUUCGUCUUUUUAUCAAUCAGGGUGCAGCAGAAGCCCACAUCCGGGUGCGGGAUUUUCUCGCUGCUUUCACGAUACAUUUGUGGCCUUAGGCUGUUUUCUGCUGUUUUGUUGGGUUGUUGUCUCUUUAAAACAUUUCCCGUUUUUAUUCUCAAUUCAUUUUAGAUAUUUGCGUUAUAAAACGAGACUUGCAGUAAAGUAAUAACUUCAUAGAGUCCGGAUUUUUCAUAUUAGUUGUACUUUACUCGCCAAUAUAGUGUAUUUCAAUUGCUUCACGGGUUUGUUUUAUAAAAUGAGCGAUAAUCCAAAUUGAACUAUUUUCAAUUGUCCUAUGAAAUUUUGUACAAAUAUAAAAGUAAUCAAAAUGAUGUAGAUAAUUUCCGUGAAAUAACCAUUCGUAUUAGCUUUACUUGUAUUUCAAAUAGCAAAUGCCAUGAAUAUUUGAAACAUUCUGGUUUAUUAUGUGAAGACUAAGCAGGGUUUAGAAAAUAUUUACAGUAAGACAGAUUAUAUAUUCAAUGUUAAAUUGAUUUAUAUCUGCAUGGAGGAAUCCCUUGUAUCUGCGUGGCCAGUAUAUUGCGCAUUACUGAUUCUGUCAUAUCCGCAAUGUAACACAAACAUAAUAGUUCUUGUAAUUGUUUAAAUCGUCCAUAGGGACAAAAAAAAGAUAAAAGUUCAAGCAAAAAUUUAUAAUUGUAAUCCAAUGAUAAUCCAUAUUUAGCCAUUUUCCAUAAACGAAAAUUGCAUCAUCAGAUUAAAUUGAAUUUAUUUUACAUGUUUUAGGUCAAUUUUUUAUCAAAAUGAACAAGUUUUGCUCUGAAUCCUUGGCAGUCUGUUUGGUUCAAACUGAACUAUAUAUCGUAGCAUUAAAUCUUUUCUGUAUUAAAAAAUAGCUUUUUUUAGAAAGCAUGCGCGAAAUCACCGGACAUUUGAAAAACUGUUUAAUUUCGGACACUCAUUACAUAAAAUCUUAACUGUGAAACCAUAUAAAAAGAAGAUUUUGUGAAAAUAAAGUAUGUCAUGAAUUUGUUCACAUAAUAUUAUCCGAUUAUUGGUUUCAUUAGAUUUCCAAAGUGAAACUAAAAGUUUUAGGUGAGCGGAUACACUGGACUGCACCGUAUAUUAAUCUUUUGUUAUUUGUCGUUAAGCUUCUUUCACUUCCAGAAGAAUUUUUUUAUGACAAAAAGAUAUUAAGCUGUACUGAUGAUCGUAAACAUGGUAAACUGUUAAAAAUAAUAAAAUUUAUGUAUAAUAAUGCAAAAAUUUAUAUGAUAUGUAUCAUGAGCUUGUAAUGGUCUUGUUGAUAGGAAUACUGAUAUUUGUUAACUAGACAUUUAUGAAGUAACUGUAUAUAUAUAUAUAUAUAUUUGUGCUUGAAAUUAUAUGUUAUUUUAGCUAAGCCAGCACAAGAUCUACAGGCUUAACUGCAUGCCUUGCAUUUAUAUUGUGAAACUUGGAAAUUGCAAUUUUAUGUAAAAAAAAAACAAAAGUCUAUGUAUUUACUUGAUCAAGAUUAGACACGAACAGUGUCAAUUUUAAGCAUGAUGUCAAAAAUCUAGACAUUGUAAUGAAUUUCUAAUACCUUGGCAGAUUUAUUUCAAAACAUUAUGUUUUUUCACCCUGAGUAAUAUAUUGUCUUAGUAGUAUUUGGCACAACUUAUGAAAACUUUUGUUUUUUUAGCUUCGCAUUAUGCUUUUGCUUUCCAACUGUUUUGUUUCGAGCGCCAUUGCAGAGUCUUUAUUAACGACGAGAACGCGUCUGGUGUUACAAAUCAUAAGCUCUUAUAUUCGAUGAAUGUUUUCAAGUAAAGUUUCUGUUAAUGAUGCUAAAUCACAUAUUAUUAAGCAAGUCAGAAAAGCCUUGUAAAAUGUUUUUAGAAAAAUAAAUUGAAAGCGACAUAACGGUUGAAACUAUCUUAUUAUAUAAUUUAGAAGUGUUGGGUUAUGAAAUUUGUAACAUUUUUCAGUCAUUCUAUUUGACUUUUUAGAAACAAUUUAAAAGUUAAAAACAUAAUUCUACAUUAUGAUUUACUAGGAUUUAGGUAGAACUCCAUUGAUUAUUCCUGUACAUACUAGAACAGUUGGCUUUUGGCAACGAAUAAUGUGCAGUUAAAAAGAGGAAACUACAAACACUCUGAAUUAAAUUUGUAUGAAUUAAGCUGGAAGAUUUGUGGAAUUCCAAAUGUUUUUUUAGAAUAUAAACAACACUUAACAAAAUUGAUAGAAUGAGAAGGUAUUGUAAAUUUCUAAAAAAAAUGAACUUUGGGUACUUUUCACUAUGAAUUCAAAUUUACUUAUCUCAAAAGGAUAAGGCAAAUGUUCUCCCUUUAAAUAUUUAUAUAAAUCAAAAAGUUAUUUGUUUAAUGAAAAAUUAGUGUGUGCCUGUGUAAGCAAUACUCUUAUUUAGCUAGCUUACGUGUGUAAAGUUGUUUUUGGAAACCUUUACCAAACACUUAAAACAUUCACGAAAUUAAUGAAGUGUUAUUUCCUAGCACUAGUCGACACCACUGCUGCUGGACUGUAAGAAUAAGCGGGUAUGAUUAACUUAGUAAUUGGUGGUACGGUACUGACAUGAUUCAAUCAAAGUUCUUAGCGACAUUUUUGUUUUGGUAGGGUUUUUAUGUGGUUUGUAUCGAUCUGACGGGUUAAGCCCUUUUCAACUGAUUGUUAUAUUGUGUCCUUAAAUCGUACUGUUAAACAGCUGUCUAAGGCUAGAGGAAGGUUUCGCGCCAGCAAACAUGUUUAACCCCGCCACAUUCUGUAUGUACCUGUCCCAAGCCAGGAGCCUGUAAGUCAGUGGUUGUCAUGUGAUGCUGCAUAUCAUAUUUGUUUUUUGCUUAUUGUUUUGUACAUAAAUCGUUUGUUUUCUCG